AUGCGUUUUCUCCUCCUCGGCUUGAACCUUCUCGCUUCCUUCGCUUCCGCGGCGGCAGGAGUGAUCGCAACCGUCAACCCAGCCGCUCUCUCCGGAUCGAUCCAGGUGACCAACGGCGAGCGUUUCUACCAGCGCAUGUAUACCGCGCGCACAAUACCACUCGAGCUAUUGGCUGGCCUCCUCCCUUACUAUUUUGACGGGCCGUUGGUAUCGCUGGUGAUUGGGGCUUCUGCUGUUAUCCAAGCAGCGGACAUUGCGAUUGGUCUUGGCAAGGAUGACUUCAAAAUGAUUUCGGGCGCCUUGAUUGCAACUAUUAUCCAUUCUUCGUGCGCCCUGUUGAUCCGUUGA